UAUUUGAUUAUUACAAUUAUUUUUAAAAUCAUCUUCGUACCGGCACAAAUUUUACCAAGCCAACAAAGUGUCCAAGGGCUGCUCACAGAAAGUAGACACAGAUCAAGUCCGGCAAUACUCGAACUGCAACAAGAAGUACCUUGACCAGAAUAAUGUGAUUUAGAGUCUGGACCAACCAACUACACUAUAUUCAAACACCACCAAGAGCCUUUCAAAAGUGUGGGAGGCAAUCAAUCUGGGCAAAAUGACUCGGAUUCGGCAUAUCUCCACAAACACCAUCCGACCAACAAAUCAUAAUGAUCAGCUAAUUCAUAGAAUUGAGUUAACUCCAUGGGAUUUGCGCCUAAUCCAACUUGAUUAUAUCCAAAAGGGGCUUCUCUUUCAAAAACCAGCAGAGUUAGAACAGAGCAACAGCUUGAUUCAACACCUACAAGCCACUUUUUCCCAAACCUUGAACAUCUUCUACCCGCUUGCCGGCCGCCUAGCUGUGAUCGAAAAUGAAGAUAACACCACUUGUUUUUACAUCAACUGUAAUGGCGAUGGAGCCUCGUUUGUUCAUGCAGCUGCUGACGGUGUCAAAGUGGCUGAUAUCCUUGACUCUGUUUAUGUUCCAGAUGACAUUGUCAACGACCUCUUCUCUAUGAAGGAGGCUUGGAACUACGAAGGCAUUUCGAAACCAUUGCUUGCAGCACAAGUGACUGACCUUGUUGAUGGCAUUUUUAUUGGUUGCAGCAUUAACCACACGGCUGCUGACGGUACCUCUUUCUGGCAUUUCUUCAAUACUUGGUCUGAAAUAUCUCGUCUUGGCGGUUAUGAUAAAAUUUAUAAACCUCAUCCUGUUUUGGGCCGCCAAUUUCAUGAAGGGGUGAUUGAUCUCCCAAUUCACUUACCCUCCUCCUAUGUCAAUGAAAUCAAGAGCAAGCGGCUUAUAAUUGGACAUGGUUCAUCUUCAGAUUCUUCUCAAAGGGUAGUGUUUCAUUUUCCCAAAGAAAAAGUUGCAUGGCUCAAAUCCAAGGCCAAUGCUGAGAUGGGCACCAUUGACAGUAACAUUAGCAUCUCAUCCCUUCAAGCACUCAUGGCUCAUCUUUGGCGGGCUAUAACACGCGGCAGACAUCUGAACCCAGAUCAAGAGGUUGCUUAUCGUGUUGCGGUGGGAUUGAGGCAAAGAUUGAAUCCACGAUUGCCAAAAGAGUACCUCGGCGUUAGUCAAAGUGCACUGCAGGGGCUAGGCUGGGCGGCUUCCCAAAUAAACAAGACAAUUGCUUCCCUGACAGCUGAAGAAGCGAGGAAGUACAUGGAGGAUUGGGUAAAAGCUCCUACAUUUCUUUCAAAUAUGCUGGGGGCAACAAAUGUGGAAUUGGUCACAGGAAGCUCGCCGCGGUUCAAUGUGUAUGGUAAUGAUUUUGGAUGGGGAAUGCCGGUUGCUGUUCGAAGCGGAAUGCCAGAGAGAAAGCUUGGGAAGCUAACAGUGUUUCCUGGGCCAGAAGAUGGAAGUAUUGAUUUUGAAGCUUGCCUUUUGACUGAGACUCUUCGAGCUAUGGCCGACGAUGCAGAAUUCAUGGAGGCUGUGCUCACAUGAAGUGCCCUGCUUUUGAAAUUGGCUUGCAAAUUAAAGUUUGUCAGUGUGCUUAAUUUUAAGGUUGGUGAAUUUUACUUUGCACAUGUCCAUUGAGAUGUGUGUUGCUUGAAAUCCCUCAUCUUAAUAAGUAGAAACUUCACCACUCUCAGAUCAUAAUCAAACUUAACCGUCAAAUUCUCAUU